UUCCUAGAGGCGUCAUCGCGUGUUGCUUGCUUUCGCUCUUCGUCUCUUUUGGUGCUUCAUCGUUACGCGGCGAGCUAUUUCUUCGCGGGAUUCGGCUCUCUGUCGCGCCUUCCUCCGUCGCCGUUCGAGUGCGUGCAAUGGAUAUUAUCUCUCAGCUGCAAGAACAAGUAAAUACUAUGGCUUUGCUUGCCUUGAAUACCUUUGGAACCUUGCAGAGAGAUGCCCCACCUGUCCGAUUGUCUCCUAACUAUCCUGAGCCAGCCACUAAUCCCUCAUCAGCAGAGGAGACCCUCGACAUCGUUGAGCAGCCUAAGAUGAUGAGCACGGCUCUUGUUCAAGCUGCAAAGAAGUUUGAUACACUUGUUGCUGCAUUACCAUUGUCAGGAGAAGAAGCUCAGCUGAAACGAAUUGCAGAACUCCAGGCAGAGAAUGAAGUUGUAGGUUUGGAGCUCCAAAAACAACUGGAAGCUGCAGAACAAGAACUGAAGCAGGCUCAGGAGCUAUUUAAUCUAGCAGCAGAUAACUGUUUGAACUUAAAAAAACCCGACUAAUAUCUCUGGUUUGUAACUUUUUGGAACUACUUCUGAGCUGUAACUUCUGUUUAUCAUGUAAUUUCGGUUGUCAUUUUUAAAGAUGCUUUCAGAUGUGUUGCACUUGCCAUUGCCAUAAUCCAUCAGUCAUCACAUUUGCACUU